UAUAUAUAUAUAUAUAUAUAUAUACAUUUUCCCACUCUUGGGUCCCUUGUGAUAAUAUCUGCUGAAUCACUUGAAUCAGUGUUUAACUUUAAUGUGUAACUUAUUCCCGUGAUUCAUCAAGAGAGUCUAUAUAUACAUAUACAAUUAUUUUUUUUUCUCUCUUUUUCUGUUUCUGUCUUUUUUUUUAAAAAAAAAAAAUAUUAUUAUUAUAACCAAUAGAAUGAGUGCAGGUCCACAGUUAAUGUCCCCUAUGAUGUAUCAUCACCGUAUACCCACUCAUCAGUUUGAACAACUAUCCCCAAAACGAUCUUGGAACUUCACUUGGCUUGUCUUUAUGAAUGAAAAAUGGGUGCCAUUUGAUACCAUCAAUCAAACAAGACUAGAACAAACAUUGACAGUGGGAGGUACAUUUGUGGAUAUUCGAGACAGUCAUUUCCCAGAUGUAAAGCGAGUCCGUGUGUUUCCAAAGAAUAACUAUCUGAGUUAUUUGGGUGUAAAGUAUCGGUUGUCUCGGAUCAUGCAACCGGAUGCUUACUUGGAUCAUGUGAGUGUUGCUGAAAAGAAAUCCAAAGAAACAACACAAUUAGAAUAAUAAAGAUGGAUCCGACUAGAUCCGACAUUACGAAUGAUCUUCAAGAACCAUUUGCCUUAUUGUCUAUCUCUUUGAUGAACCCCACAAAAGGG